UGAAUUGCCUUACGUUUAGUCAAUUUGAUUGACAACUGUUUUGUUAUAAAAACUAUUAUUAAUUUAUUUUUUUAAAUUUAAUAACUAUUUAUUAACURAUUAUUAAUUUAAUGAAUAAUUGUAUUAAAAGACGGAUUAUUAAGUGAGGGAACAGAUAAACCUAUGGCUGACAGUGUAGAGUCCGGUCAGGACUCGGGCCAGCAAUCGUUGCCGAAUGAGACCAAUAUAGUGUCGGUGGCGUUGGCCGACACCGAUGUGGUCAUCGCUUACAUUAGACGCGUCAUUCCGGCGCUUCUCGAAGAGGACAACAGUAUUCAUCCAUCGCUGGAUUGGGCGCUCAAGAAUGAGACCACAAUUGAAAAGAUCAAGAAAUUUAUAUCUGAUGGACAAAUGCGAGCGCUUCUCAUACAGAGAUCUUCGUCCAAAGAAGAAGAAGAAGUGCCGGAAUCUGGCGGUGACAGUGACGACAAUGUCAUGUAUCACAUAUCAGAAGAGGUUCGCUUUAUGAACGCUAAGAUUAAUAGUGUUGUACUGAUUAAGAGGGGUCUGGUAUUGGAGGCCGAGAAGAAUAUAUCGUCACAAUUAAGAGUCAUGAAUCUGAACGAUACAUCUCCUUAUGAAACACUUCACUCUUAUGUCUCGGCGGCCAUCGCUCCCUAUUUCAAGUCGUACGUCAAAGAGACCGGAAGAGCUGAAAGGGAUGGCGACAAAAUGGCGCCGACAGUGGAGAAAAAGAUUGCAGAACUUGAGAUGGGUCUUCUUCAUCUUCAACAGAAUAUAGAUAUUCCAGAAAUUACUUUAGUAAUACAUCCAUUGGUUGUAUCAGUGAUGAAAAAAUGUGCUGAAGAGAAAAGACGUGUCGUUGUCGAUGAUUUUGGAGACAAAUGCAAUGAUUCUGUAUUUUUAAAUCAAUUACAAAGUGGUGUCAAUCGAUGGAUUCGAGAGAUACAGAAAGUAACAAAAUUAGAUAGAGAUCCAUCUUCUGGUACCGCCAUUCAAGAGAUUAGUUUUUGGCUGAAUCUCGAGAGAGCUCUUCUUCGUAUUCAAGAGAAAAGAGAGAGCACUGAAGUGGCCAUCACUUUAGAGAUACUAAAAAAUGGAAAACGUUUUCACGCGACCGUUAGUUUUGAUGCCGACACUCGUCUUAAAGAAGCGAUUUCGACAGUUAGUGAUUACAAUCCAUUGAUGAAAGAUUUUCCGCUAAACGAUUUGCUGGCGGCAACAGAACUCGACAAAAUAAGACUUGCAUUGCAAUCGAUAUUUCAACACUUGAGGAAAAUACGAAAUACUAAAUAUCCGAUCAAAAGAGCUCUUAAGCUUAUGGAAGCCAUCUCUAGGGAUCUAAUGUCACAAAUGUUGAAAGUGUUGGGAACCCGUAGAAUGAUGCACAUUGCGUUUGAAGAGUUCGAAAAAGUGGUGUCCGCUUGUUUCGAUGUAUUCAUCACUUGGGAUGACGAGUACGACAAACUUCAAGGAUUGAUGAGAGAUAUCGUUAAAAAGAAACGCGAAGAACACUUGAAGAUGGUUUGGCGAAUCAAUUUGGCUCAUAAAAGACUACAGUCGCGAAUGGAACAAAUGCGUAAAUUUCGACGACAACAUGAACAGCUUCGGGCAGUUAUUAUUCGUGUUCUAAGACCAAUAGCUAAGUCAACCAAAGAAGUCGAGGCUAUCAGUGAUAUUAAUUCAGAAAAAGAUGGGACACUUUCAUCAAUAGAUUCGGCUGAUAUGAAUGCCAUUGAAGAAGUGAAUAUAGCCUAUGAAUUAGUUAAAGAAGUCGAUGCACUUGACAUUAGUAAAGAAGGAACUGAUUCUUGGGAGGCAUCGAUGAAGCGAUACGAAGAACGUAUAGAUCGCGUUGAGGCGAGAAUUACGGCCAAACUAAGAGAUCAAUUGGGAAUUGCAAAGAAUGCUAACGAAAUGUUUAGAAUAUUUUCGCGAUUUAACGCAUUGUUUGUGAGGCCACACAUUAGAGGCGCUAUCAGAGAAUAUCAGACACAACUGAUCCAAAGAGUUAAAGAUGACAUCGAAGCACUUCACGAGAAAUUUAAAGUACAAUAUCCACAGAACAAGGCCUGCAAAAUGAGUCGCGUUCGUGAUUUGCCUCCCGUUUCCGGAUCUAUUGUUUGGGCCAAACAAAUUGAAAGACAACUUUCUGUUUAUAUGAAACGAGUUGAAGACGUUUUGGGCAAAGGAUGGGAGAAUCACGUCGAGGGACAGAAACUUAAGAGUGACGCCGACAGCUUCCGGAUGAAACUAAACACCAAUGGAAUAUUUGAAGAAUGGACGCGAAAUGUCCAACAAAGACAACUUAAUGUUUCCGGAAGAAUAUUUAAUAUCGAAAGUUUUCGAUCGAAGAGCGGAAAAGGAAGUAUUCUUAAACUUCGAGUAAAUUUUAUGCCCGAAAUCAUUACGUUAGCCAAAGAAGUAAGAAAUUUGCGAAGUUUAGGUUUUAGGGUACAGUUGGCUAUUGUUAAUAAAGCCCAUCAGGCAAACCAACACUACCCGUUUGCCGUUUCCCUAAUUGAUACCGUCAAGUCAUAUGAAAGGGCGUGUGAGAAAGUGGAACAUAGACCUAAUGUAGCACUUCUUGUGGCCGGACUUAAGAGAGAUGUACAGGAUUUGAUUAGCGAAGGUGUCGGUCUUGUUUGGGAAUCAUAUAAAAGAGAUUCUUAUGUCCAACGACUGGCUGAAUGUGUCUAUAAUUUUCAGGAAAAAGUUGACGAACUGUUAGAUGUGGCCGAACAGAUCGAAAUUGAGGUCAAAAGUAUUGAGGCCUGUAGUUAUGGUACAACUGUUCUCUCAGAAAUUUUAAAUAAAAUACAGAAAGCCGUCGAUGACUUGAGUUUACAAAGAUAUUCAAAUCUAAGCGAAUGGGUUAACCGUUUGGAUGAAGAGAUUGAAGAGAAACUUGCCGUCAGACUUGAAGCCGGCAUUAAGGCGUGGACACAGGCAUUGUUGGGCAAUAAAGAAGACGAUAUGGAUAUGUUAACUGACACCGACUCACCUGUUAAUCCGGUGGUUAAACUCGGCGGUGAUCCCAAAAUUCAGAGAAUGGUCCACGAAAUAAGAAUCACAAAUCAACUGAUGUAUGUGAGUCCCAGUGUAGAGGAGGCACGCUUUGAACUGAUGCAACAGUUGUUUGCGUGGGAAAAUGUGGUGCUGACCCUCAAUAGGAUUGAGAGCACCCGAUAUCAAGUGGGCUUAGAUAGACCAGCAGCUCCACAAUAUAGAGAUCUACUGAACCGUAUGCCUCAGGGAGUAACGGUUCUCGAGGCCGCUUACGAAGCAAUUGAAAGUAAAAUCAAACAAAUGCAAGAAUAUAUUACUCAAUGGCUGACUUAUCAAUCACUAUGGGAUUUGCAACCCGAUAUGCUUUACACAAAACUCGGCGAAAGUAUCAUACUCUGGAUGAAUACUUUAGUAGAAAUCAAGAAAUCGCGAACAACUUUUGAUACAACAGAAACACGCAAAGAGAUCGGACCUAUUAUUAUUGAUUACACUAAAGUUCAAUCAAAGGUAACCCUUAAAUACGAUUCGUGGCAUAAGGAAGUGCUCAGCAAAUUUGGUCAACUUCUUGGAAAUGAAAUGUCUGGUUUGCAUUCAGUCAUAUCUAAAUCGCGUACUGAAUUGGAACAACACUCAAUAGACACGGCAAACACUAAAGAUGCCGUCACUUUCAUUACAUAUGUUCAGUCACUUAAAAACAAGACUCGUCAGUGGGAACGGCAGGUCGACACUUACAAAGAAGGACAACGAAUUCUUGAGAGACAACGGUUUCAGUUUCCUAAUAAUUGGCUUCACGUCGACAAUAUUGAAGGUGAAUGGAGUGCUUUCAAUGAAAUUAUGAAACGAAAAGACGCUUCCAUUCAACAACAAGUCUCUAGUCUUCAGGUUAAGAUUGUAGCUGAAGAUAAGUCAGUCGAAUCAAGAACUUUAGAUUUUCUCCAAGAAUGGGAAAGAGGUAAACCUGUUGGCGGAUCUAUUUUUCCAAAAGAAGCGCUCAAUUUGUUAACUAUUUUUGAGACAAAAUUCAAUCAUCUAAGAGAAGAUCGCGAUAAUGUUAUGCGAGCUAAGGAAGCACUAGAACUUCUUGAGCCCGGUUUGGCACCAAUUAAUGCCAGCGAUGAAAAACUUCAGGUAGCUCUCGAAGAAUUGCAAGAUUUGAAGGAAGUCUGGAGUGAAUUGUCUAAAGUUUGGGAACAAAUAGAUUUAUUAAAAGAGUUGCCAUGGCUUUCGGUUCAACCGCGAAAAUUGAGACAACAAUUAGACGGACUAAUGAAUCAACUCAAAGAUAUGCCCGCAAGACUCAGACAAUAUGCUUCAUACGAUUACGUCAAACGUUUAUUGCAAUCAUACACGAAGUCAAAUAUGGUUAUCAUUGAACUCAAAUCUGAUGCCUUAAAAGAGCGCCAUUGGAGACAUUUGACGCGUCAACUCAAUGUUCAUUGGGUUUUAUCAGACUUAACACUCGGUCAGGUAUGGGAUGUGGAUCUUCAACGAAACGAAGUCGUUAUAAAAGAUAUAAUACUAGUGGCUCAGGGAGAGAUGGCACUCGAAGAAUUCUUGAAACAGGUACGGGAGGCCUGGCAGACAUAUGAACUCGAUUUAGUUAAUUAUCAAAAUAAAUGUCGAAUAAUUCGUGGUUGGGAUGACUUGUUUAAUAAAGUCAAAGAACAUAUUAAUUCGAUAACAGCUAUGAAAAUGUCUCCGUAUUAUAAAGAGUUUGAAGAAGACGCCCUGUCCUGGGAGGAGAAACUCAAUCGUAUUAAUGCAUUGUUCGACGUCUGGAUUGACGUUCAAAGACGUUGGGUGUAUUUGGAGGGAAUAUUCAGUGGCAGUUCCGACAUUCAGGCCUUACUUCCAGUGGAAACCUCUAGGUUUCAAUCGAUUAGUUCGGAAUAUUUAAAUUUAAUGAAAAAAGUAUCGAAAAGUCCAAUGGUUAUGGAUGUGCUCAACAUUCCYGGUGUUCAGCGUUCAUUGGAACGAUUAGCUGAUCUUUUGGGUAAAAUUCAGAAAGCAUUGGGUGAAUAUCUGGAAAGAGAGAGGUCUUCAUUUCCCAGAUUUUAUUUUGUUGGCGACGAAGAUCUACUCGAAAUUAUUGGCAACAGUAAAAAUAUUCCUCGACUACAAAAACAUUUCAAGAAAAUGUUUGCCGGCGUUUCGUCUAUUAUUCUUAACGAUGACUUUUCCUGUGUAUUGGGUUUGUGUUCGAAAGAAGGCGAAGAAGUCCACUUUUCGACACCAAUUUCUAUCACUGAACACCCGAAGAUAAAUGAAUGGCUUACUCUUCUGGAAAGAGAAAUGCGAAUAACUUUGGGUAAACUAUUGGCUUCUGCGGUCACAGAGAUUGCUCCCUUCAGAAGUGGAAAUAUAGAAAUUGAAAAAUUCAUUAAAUGGUUGGACUCAUAUCAAGCGCAGGUCAUUGUUCUCGCGGCACAGAUAUCGUGGUCUGAAUACGUGGAGAACACUCUCUCGCAAAUACAAAAUCAAAAUCUUAAAACAUGUGAACUAUUGGAGAAUGUCUUACAAUCAGUAGAGCUUACACUUAAAUUAUUGGCCGAUUCUGUACUUCAGGAACAACCAGCACUCAGACGUAAAAAAUUAGAGCAUUUGAUCACCGAAUUUGUCCAUAAAAGAGAUGUUACGCGAGAACUGAUCAAAAAUAAUGUUUGUUCGCCCAAAUCAUUUGAUUGGUUAUCGCAAAUGAGAUUUUAUUUCGAUCCGCGACAACACGAUGUCCUCCAACAGUUGUCCAUACAUAUGGCUAACGCUAAGUUCAACUAUGGCUUUGAGUAUUUGGGAGUUCAGGACAAACUCGUUCAAACACCACUUACCGAUCGCUGCUAUCUAACGAUGACUCAAGCAUUGGAGGCACGACUCGGAGGUUCUCCAUUCGGACCGGCGGGAACUGGAAAGACUGAAUCGGUGAAAGCGUUGGGCAACCAAUUGGGAAGAUUUGUUUUAGUUUUUAAUUGUGACGAAACAUUCGACUUUCAAGCCAUGGGUCGUAUAUUUGUUGGUCUGUGUCAGGUCGGCGCKUGGGGUUGUUUUGAUGAAUUCAAUCGACUAGAAGAGAGAAUGUUGAGCGCCGUCUCUCAACAGAUUCAGAUGAUUCAGGAGACGCUGAAGAAUAUCCAAAAUAAAAGUGAAUUGACUGUUGAGCUCAUUGGAAAACAGGUCCGAAUYAAUGCAGAUAUGGCUAUAUUUAUAACUAUGAAUCCCGGAUAUGCCGGUCGUUCAAACCUACCCGACAAUCUUAAGAAAUUGUUCCGAUCAUUGGCUAUGAAUAAACCCGAUAGACAACUGAUUGCCGAAGUUAUGCUGUUUUCACAAGGAUUCAGAACAGCCGAAAAAUUGGCCACAAAAAUAGUGCCAUUCUUUAAAUUAUGUGACGAACAGCUAUCAAAUCAAUCGCAUUAUGAUUUUGGUUUGCGAGCCCUCAAGAGUGUACUCGUCAGUGCCGGUAAUAUCAAAAGAGAUAGAAUUCAGAAAAUCAAAGAAGAUAUGAAAGAAAGAGGUGAAGGGGAUCAAAUAAAUGAAGGAUUAAUUGCUGAACAAUUACCAGAACAAGAAAUACUAAUACAAAGUGUUUGCGAAACAAUGGUUCCCAAACUGGUUGCUGAAGAUAUUCCAUUACUAUUUUCACUUUUAUCCGAUGUAUUCCCUGGAAUCAAAUAUACCAGAGCGGAGAUGAAGGGUCUGAAAGAAGAGAUUGUAAAAGUUUGUAAAGAAAUGUAUUAUGUUUGUGAUUAUGAAUCCGAAACAACUAAUGAUGAAAACAAUGCCAGUUCUUGGAUGUCAAAAGUGCUUCAAUUAUAUCAGAUCUCUCAACUAAAUCACGGUCUUAUGAUGGUUGGCCCGAGCGGUAGCGGCAAAUCGUCCGCUUGGAAAGUAUUACUCCGAGCACUUGAACGAUACGAAGGCACUGAAGGAAUCGCUCACGUCAUUGAUCCGAAAGCUAUUUCCAAAGAAGCACUCUAUGGAACAUUAGAUCCAAAUACUCGUGAAUGGACUGAUGGUCUUUUUACUCACAUUUUACGUAAAAUUAUUGAUAACGUGAGGGGAGAGAUCAAUAAACGGCAAUGGAUUAUAUUUGAUGGAGAUGUCGAUCCCGAAUGGGUUGAAAACCUAAACAGUGUUUUGGAUGACAAUAAACUACUGACACUUCCCAAUGGCGAACGUCUUAGUAUUCCACCCAAUGUGCGCAUUAUGUUUGAAGUACAAGACUUAAAGUUUGCCACAUUGGCCACUGUUUCCCGAUGUGGUAUGAUUUGGUUCAGCGAAGACGUCCUUUCAACGGAAAUGAUUUUCGAGAACUUCUUCUUAAGACUCAGAAAUAUAGCUUUGGAAGACAAUGACGACGAUUUUGGCAAUUAUGGUGUUAAGAAGCGAAGCGAUAUCGACGGACAAAUGGAAACAAUAAAUCCGAGUCUUCAAACACAACAAGACUUUGCUAAUAUAAUGCAACCAUAUUUUACAAUUGAUGGAGUAGUGGUCAGAGCGCUAGAGUUCGGCUCAAAACAAGAACACAUUAUGGAUUUCACUCGUUUAAGAGCUUUGGGCAGUUUGUUCUCAAUGUUGAACCAGUCGUGUCGAAACAUAUUAAACUAUAACCACAAUCAUCCCGACUUCCCGAUGCCUUUCGACACAAUGGAACGCUAUAUUCCCAAAUCGUUAGUUUACGCUCUGUUGUGGUCAUUCGCCGGCGACGCCAAACUUAAAGUCCGAAGUGAUUUGGGAGACUUUAUCAGAAGCAUUACAACGAUUCCAUUACCACCAGUCAACUCUACUAUUCCGCUAAUCGAUUAUGAAGUGACAUUCAAUGGUGAAUGGUCUCUAUGGCAGAACAAAGUGCCUCAAAUUGAAGUGGAAACACAUAAAGUGGCCGCACCUGAUGUUGUCGUACCAACAGUUGAUACGGUAAGACACGAAUCAUUAUUGAAUACAUGGCUCGCCGAACAUAAACCAUUAGUACUAUGCGGACCACCCGGUUCUGGAAAGACAAUGACAUUAUUCAGUUCUUUGCGUUCAUUGCCUGACAUGGAAGUGGUUGGUCUUAACUUUUCGAGCGCUACCACUCCUGAAUUGUUAUUAAAAACAUUUGAUCACUACUGUGAAUACCGUAAGACACCAAACGGUUUGGUUCUGUCGCCGAUUCAAAUCGGAAAGUGGCUCAUAUUGUUUUGCGAUGAAAUAAAUUUGCCACAAGUCGACAAAUACGGAACCAUUCGAGUGAUUUCUUUUUUGAGACAACUUGUCGAAUGCGGUGGUUUUUAUAGAACAUCUGACCAGACAUGGGUUCGUUUAGAAAGAAUUCAAUUUGUUGGCGCAUGUAAUCCUCCAACAGAUCCCGGACGCAAACCAUUAUCUCAUCGAUUCUUGCGUCACGUGCCUGUCAUAUAUGUCGAUUAUCCGGGAGAGACAUCACUGAAACAAAUUUACGGCACAUUUAACAGAGCAAUGCUUAGAAUAGUUCCCGCACUCAGAACUUACGCCGAACCUCUGACCGCAGCGAUGGUUGAAUUUUAUCUGAUAUCUCAAGAAAGGUUUACACAAGACAUGCAACCACAUUAUGUUUAUUCUCCGCGAGAACUUACCCGUUGGGUUCGCGGUAUUGUUGAGGCCAUUCGUCCACUCGAAACGUUGACAGUUGAAGGAUUGGUACGAUUGUGGGCUCACGAAGCACUUCGACUAUUUCAAGAUCGAUUGGUCGAAGAAUCGGAACGCAUUUGGACCGAUGAAAAUGUUGAUAUUGUUGCACUUAAACACUUCCCUAAUAUUGAUAGACAAUCGGCACUUCAGCGACCUAUUCUCUACAGCAAUUGGUUAUCCAAAGAUUAUAUUCCUGUCGAUCGCGAAGAGUUGCGUGAAUUCACUAAAGCCAGACUCAAAGUCUUUUACGAAGAAGAACUUGAUGUCCCACUCGUACUAUUUAAUGAAGUUUUGGAUCACGUAUUGAGAAUUGACCGAAUCUUUCGUCAACCUCAGGGACACGUCCUGUUGAUUGGUGUAAGCGGUGCCGGAAAGACAACACUAUCGCGAUUUGUCGCGUGGAUGAAUGGAUUGAGUAUAUUUCAAAUCAAAGUACACAACAAGUAUUCGGCCGCAGAUUUUGAUGAAGACUUACGUCAAGUAUUGAGACGUUCCGGUUGUAAGGAUGAAAAGAUUUGCUUCAUUUUAGAUGAAUCUAAUGUUAUGGACUCCGGUUUUCUCGAACGUAUGAACACAUUGUUAGCCAACGGCGAAGUUCCCGGACUUUUCGAAGGCGACGAAUUCACAACACUAAUGACACAAAUUAAAGAUUCGUCACAAAGAGAGGGUCUUAUGCUUGACUCGAAUGAAGAACUAUAUAAAUGGUUUACCCAUCAAGUAAUCAAAAAUCUUCACGUUGUCUUCACAAUGAAUCCGUCAUCCGAAGGUCUUAAGGACCGAGCGGCCACUUCUCCUGCUCUUUUCAAUCGAUGUGUUCUCAAUUGGUUCGGCGACUGGUCUAAUGAGGCACUGUUUCAAGUGGGACGAGAGUUUACAUUCAAACUGGAUAUUGAUAACACUAAGUGGACGGCACCCAAUUAUUUUCCGUCAGCCUUUCCCGAGUUUACCAAAACACCCGCUCAUAGAGACGCCGUUAUUAAUGCAUUCGUUUAUAUCCAUCAAACCCUUCAUCACGCAAACGAAAGGCUUGUGAAAAGAGGCGGAAGAGUGACAACGAUAACUCCUCGACAUUAUCUCGAUUUUAUCAAUCAUUACGUAAAACUGUAUUACGAAAAGUGUUCAGAACUUGAAGAAGAACAGCUCCAUCUGAACGUAGGUCUCUCUAAGAUACGGGAAACUGUGGAACAGGUCGAAGAAUUGCAGAAAUCGUUGGCCCUAAAAAGCAAUGAAUUAGAGGCCAAAAAUCAAGCGGCGAAUGCAAAGCUUAAAGAGAUGCUUAAAGACCAACAACAGGCAGAACGAGAAAAAACCAAAUCACAGGAACUACAAGAAAAGCUUAAAGAACAAGAGGAAGAUAUUGCAUUGAAAACUGAUGAAGUAAUGGCUGACCUAAACAAAGUCAAACCCGCYGUUGAAGAAGCACAACAAGCGGUGCAAUCAAUUAAGAAACAGAAUUUAGUAGAGGUUAGGUCAAUGACAAACCCUCCUCCAGCUGUUAAGUUAGCACUCGAGAGUAUUUGUCUUUUGUUGGGAGAGUUUACCACCGAUUGGAAACAGAUCCGACAGGUCUUAAUGCGCGAUAACUUCAUCACAACGAUCGUUAAUUUUCAUACCGAUAACGUUACUGAUGAUAUUCGCCAAAAGAUGAUUACAAAAUAUUUGAAUAAUCCGGACUAUAAUUUUGAGAAAGUAAAUCGGGCCAGUCUUGCGUGCGGUCCGCUGGUCAAGUGGGCCAUUGCUCAAGUUAACUAUGCAGAUAUGCUCAACAAAAUUGAACCGUUGAGGAAUGAGUUGGGCAGUCUGGAGGCUAAAGCACAAGUCAAUAAAGACGAAGCCAUCAAAACGGACCAACAGGUGACUCAGUUGGAGAAGAGAAUCGCCGCAUUGAAAGAUGAUUACGCAAAUCUGGUCAGUCAGGCGACGACUAUUAAAGCAGAUUUGGCUGCCGUUCAGUCAAAAGUUGACAGAAGUAUUGCACUACUCAAGAGUUUAAGCAAUGAAAGAGAAAGAUGGGAACAGUCGAGCGAAACAUUCAAAAGUCAAAUGCAAACAAUUGCCGGCGAUAUUCUUCUAUCAUCGGCAUUCCUGGCUUAUGCCGGUUAUUUUGAUCAACAAUACCGACAAAAUCUAUUUAACAGCUGGUGCUCUCACCUACAGGAGGCUAACAUUUUAUUUAGAGCUGAUUUAGCUCGAACUGAAUACUUGUCAACUGCUGAUGAACGACUCAGAUGGCAGGCAAACCAUUUGCCAAGCGAUGAGUUGUGCACUGAAAAUGCAAUUAUGUUGAAACGAUUCAAUCGGUAUCCACUUAUUAUUGAUCCCUCAGGACAGGCAACAAAAUUCUUGUUGAGUGAAUACGAAAGCAAACGGAUCACUAAAACGAGUUUCUUAGACGACUCGUUCCGUAAAAAUCUGGAAAGUGCUCUCCGUUUCGGAAAUCCUCUACUCGUUCAAGACGUGGAAAGUUAUGAUCCGAUAUUGAAUCCAGUAUUAAACAGAGAAGUUCGCAAAACUGGUGGCCGAGUUCUCAUAACUUUAGGCGAUCAGGACAUCGAUCUUUCGCCGUCGUUCUGUAUUUUCCUGUCCACCAGAGAUCCGACCGUUGAAUUCCCUCCAGAUAUCUGUUCUCGUGUGACUUUUGUCAACUUUACAGUCACCCGAAGUAGUCUUCAAUGUCAGUGUUUGAAUCAAGUAUUGAAAGUAGAGAGACCUGAUAUCGAUGAGAAGCGUUCAGAUUUGCUUAAACUUCAGGGAGAGUUUCACGUAAAGCUUAGACAACUUGAAAAAUCAUUACUUCAGGCACUAAAUGACGUGAAAGGACGCAUAUUAGAUGACGACUCUAUUAUCAGUACAUUAGAAAAGCUUAAGAACGAAGCGGCAGAYAUAUCAAAAAAAGUUGAAGAGACCGAUAAAGUAAUGGCAGAAGUGGACAAUGUCCAACAAUACGCACCACUAUCUCAAGCCUGUAGUUCUAUUUACUUUACUCUCGAAGGUCUCAAUCAGGUCCACUUUCUCUAUCAGUAUUCAUUGCACUUCUUUUUGGACAUCUAUAAUGACGUCCUAACCAACAAUCCGUUGCUGAAUAAUAUAACGGAUCCAAUGUCUCGACUAUCAACUAUAACUCACACACUUUUUGAGGUUGUAUACAAACGAGUAACCCGUGGAAUGCUUCACGAAGAUUGGCUCGUCUUUUCCCUACUCUUAUGCAAAAUCUAUUUGAGAAUCUUUUCGAAUGAAUCCAACUUUGAAGAGGAGUUCAAUCAUUUGAUGAGAGGUCGCGAAGGCAUACUUCCCGGCCAACCAACCGUUCACGUGGAGGGACUCAUAUCGGAUCAAUUGGAAGGAGCGACAGCGCUAUCAAAAUUAGUUGCAUUUAAAUCACUUCAAAACAAAUUGGACUCAGAAAACAACUUUAAUGAAUGGGUUCAAAGCAAUUCUCCCGAAGCAAAUGUUCCACAGCUCUGGGAUGARUCCAAAUCGCUCACACCUAUCGGUACAUCAAUGCAUCAAUUAUUAGUGAUUCAAGCGUUCAGACCGGAUAGAGUUUUAUCAAUGGCUAAUCAAGUGGUCAAUACAAUACUUGGCAACGAUUUUCUGCAUUCAGCCGAAGCCGAACUUAAUUUGGGCUCAAUUAUCGAAAAAGAAGUAAAGGCGUCGACACCGAUAUUGAUGUGUUCUGCUCCCGGAUAUGAUGCCAGCGGUCGUGUCGACGAUCUCGCAGCUGAACUAAACAAAACAAUUACAUCGAUUGCUAUCGGAUCCGCUGAAGGAUUCAGUCAAGCGGACAAAGUUAUAAACUCUGCCUCAAAGAGUGGUAAAUGGGUUCUUCUAAAGAACGUUCAUUUGGCGCCUCAAUGGCUAAUUCAGUUGGAAAAGAAAUUACAUACAUUACAAUCACAUCCAUCGUUCCGGCUGUUCUUGACUCUUGAAAUCCAUCCUAAAGUUCCGGUGAAUCUGUUACGCGCCGGAAGAAUUUUCGUGUUUGAACCGCCGCCCGGAAUCAAAGCUAAUCUGUUGCGAACAUUCAACACUAUUCCCGCUUCAAGAAUGAUGAGAGCGCCCAAUGAAAGAUCCCGUUUAUAUUUCCUGUUGUCGUGGUUUCACGCCAUUGUUCAGGAAAGACUCAGAUACUGUCCACUCGGUUGGUCUAAAAGCUAUGAAUUUAACGAAUCAGAUCUUCGUGUUGCUUGUGAUACACUCGACACUUGGAUCGAUACAGUGGCGAUGGGAAGGACUAAUUUGCCACCAGAGAAGGUCCCGUGGGAUGCCAUCGGUAUACUGUUUGGUCAAUGCAUUUAUGGCGGAAAAAUUGAUAACGAUUUCGAUCAGAGAUUAUUGACAUCUUUUGUUAACAAAUUAUUUACUUCUAAGAGCUUUGAUUCAGAAUUCUCAUUAGUUUCCGGUAUAGAAGCGCCAGAAGGCGGCAAAACUUGUAUAUCAAUACCAGAAGGAAUAUUACGCAGAGACCAGUUCUUGAAUUGGGUCGAAACACUUCCAGACCGUCAAAUGCCUUCGUGGUUAGGAUUGCCGAAUAACGCAGAGAAAGUGCUUUUAACUAAUUCAGGAACAGAUCUGAUCGCAAAACUUUUGAAACUUCAACUUCUCGAAGAUGACGACGAUUUAGUGAUGCAAACAGCAGAACGAGUCAAAGCUAAACGCGAUUCAUCUGAUGGAAGACCCGCUUGGAUCAGAACUUUACUCAACAGUGCCAUCACUUGGCUUAGAGUUCUUCCUAAUAAUUUGCAGACAAUGAAGAGAACUUCAGAUAAUAUUAAAGAACCACUGUAUCGAUACUUUGAACGAGAAGUCAAUAUUGCAUCGAAACUUCUUCAAGUAGUGAGACAUGACUUGGAAGACGUCCAACUCAUUUGUAAGGGAGAAAAGAAACAAACAAAUUAUUACAGAGAGAUCAUCGCAUACCUGGCAAAGGGUAUGAUUCCCAAUCAUUGGCGUAAAUAUACAGUUCCCUUGACAUGUACUGUCAUUCAAUGGGUCACCGAUUUUACCGACAGAAUCAAACAAUUACAGAAAGUUUCGUCGACUCAAUCAACAAACCUAAAGAAUCUAAACAUAUGGUUGGGCGGACUUUUUAAUCCCGAGGCAUACAUAACGGCCACCCGUCAGUACGUCGCUCAGGCAAACGGCUGGUCUCUCGAAGAACUUUCGCUCGAAGUGUUGAUAUCAGACUCGGAUCGGCAUAAAGACCCGGAAGAUGGAACUUUUGGAGUGACAGGUCUCAAAUUACAGGGCGCGCACACCAAACAAAACAAACUGUAUCUCACAAAUACCAUAUUCACAGAUUUACAGCUAACCUCUCUUCGAUGGAUUCGUGGAAGUGCUGACACAAAACAGUCAACCAAAAAUGUGACACUUCCCGUAUAUCUCAACUCUACCCGAUCGGAGCUAUUAUUUUCGGUAGACUUGGAGUUAGGCGAAGACCAAAACGCUUACAGUUUUUACGAAAGAGGUGUAGCCUUCUUGUGCUUGAGUGCUAUGGGUUAACCAUUUUUAUUUUAUUUGGGAUUUGAAUUACGAAAAAUCAAUAGACAUUUUUCUUUUAAUUUUUA